AUGCUUUCAUUUGACAUCAACAAAUACUCGCAGAGGCUGAUAGCACAUAUCCAGCGACUCACGCCGAACGUCGAAGUUGGUCUCAUUCUUUGUGUUACUACGCUUAUUGUUGCCAUUCCUGCUGUUAUUAUUUAUCGACUCUAUUUCCAUCCUCUCGCCGAGGUCCCAGGUCGCAAAAUCCAUGCCAUUACAGGUUUCCUUACACAAUGGAAGAGUCACAUUAUAGGUACUUGGCUUCGAGAGGCAGCUCAGCUUCAUCGACAAUACGGUCCCAUUGUUCGAAUCGGUCCGAAUCAUAUAGCCGUGGAUGGAAGCAUCGGCUGGCCUCAGGUCUACGGUCACCAGCCUGGCAAAGCAGAGUUUUCCAAAUAUCCCAACUUCAUCUUUCCGGGUGAUGGAAUGAGUCUUAUCGGUGCCCAAAAGGAUGAUCAUCGACGCGAGCCGAUCGACAUUGUGACCUGGGUCAACUUGACAACGUUUGACAUCAAAGGCGACCUUACCUUCUCCGAGAGCUUUGGAGGUUUGAAAUCUGGUGGCUAUCAUCCAUAUCUCCUCCUCAAGCCCUUCAUCCUUGCGAUUGGAUACAGGCACAUUCGGGAGUCUAUGGAAAGCGCCGAGAUGUCUAUGGAAAAGGCCAAAGCACGCGUUGCCCUCGGUGAACAGCCAUUUGAGGGGCGGCGAGACUUCAUGACUUACAUGCUCAGGCGAGGUAAGGAUGGCGUGACUGCCAUGAGUGAGACAGAAUUGCUAGUCAAUUCAUCGAUCGUCAUUGGAGCUGCUAGUGAGACCACUGCGACUGCUUUGUCAGGCGCCUUCUUUUACAUUGGCACACACCCGCAGGUUUACCGCUAUCUCGUCGAUGAGAUUCGUGGCGCCUUUACUGACGCUAGUGACAUAACACUGAAGAGUACAGCACAACUUCAAUAUCUACAUGCGUGUAUUGAAGAAACGUUGAGGAUUUACCCGCCUGCUGCCGAAACACCACCAAGAGUCUGCCUAGGAGCAACAAUUGGCGGCAAGUAUUUCCCCAAAGGGACUGUUGUCACUGUCUAUCAAUGGGCUACCUUCCGAAACCCUAGCAACUUUGCCGACCCCGACUCAUUCCGAUCAGAGCGGUGGCUUCCCACGACGCACGCUCUUUACGAUGAAAAGUACGCAGGUGAUAACCGCGCAGUGUUCAAGCCUUUCAGCUACGGCGCGAGAGAUUGUAUCGGCAAGAAUCUUGCUUACGCGGAAUUACGGGUCAUUCUUUCUCAUAUUCUUUUCAAGUUUGACUUUGAGCUUAAGCCUGGUCAAUCGGAUUGGCAUGAGAAGCAAACAUCCUUCCUUGUUUGGGAUAAAGACCCUCUGAACAUCACUCUGAAGCUGCGACAGGAUGAAGCAUCAAUUUCUUAG